AUGAAAAAGGAGAUUGACAAGGAGGGACAGGAAUCGCCUUCCCGUCCUUCUGUAAACGAUUCUGAUACGAAAGUAGCUACAGAGAGUUCGAAUGAAGGCAAUGAUGACGAAAAGGCUGAAUCAGAAUCUCUACGACACAAGGACAGUGCACAUAGUAUGGAGCGUUUUGCUAAUCUUAAUCAUCAUUAUAUUGCUGCUUCCAACACUUUGACGGAAAAUUAUGGUUUCGACGAUAUAGAGGAUGACAACUGUGAGUCCGGAGCGGAAGAUGCGGAGGGUGAAAAGGCUGUGACAAAGGAAGUCGAAGAUGACCCCGAACUAGGAACAGCUCAUCAAGAAGAUGAAUCGAAGAAGAACACGCACACAUUUCUCCAGAAGGCGAGAGCACCCGUCGCCCAACUACGGAACAAAAAGCAUUGA